AUGCCAGCACUCAAGUUCAGCUCGUUGGUGCAGGCUCGAAUGAACGUCAUGCAGGAGAUCAACAUCCUGAAACUGCACGCUGCAUUCCCCAAGCUGGAUGUGGACACUGUCAAUGAUGUGCUCAAGGAGUGUGGGGGCGACACCGCUCUCGCUCAGGCGCACAUCCAUUUUUCAAAGACCUCUUCCAGCCAAGUGGCGCAGUGUUCGCCCACACGGUUGCCCACUAGGAUAGUCACACCUGAUCAGAAGUUCAAGCGGUCACCCACCAAACCUCCGACACCAACCAGCGCCAGCCUGACGCCCUCAAUCCUGCAGACCCUCAUGCCGCCUGCACCCACUCAGCCAGCAGCGCCCCUGCCCACCCCCAAGCGUGCACUCAGGAAGCCCCUGCCGCAGCCGCUGCCCCUUGAUCCAGACGAGCCAGAGCCCCAGAUGGCCGCCCCAGCAAAGAAACCGGCAGCUCUGCCGCUGCACUUGCAGCACCUGCUGAGCCCUCCGCCCCCCACAGCCACCCGUACCCCACCGCCCACCAAGUUUGAGCCCGGUGGGUGGGAGGAGACAGGGGCGCAGGAGACCCUGAAGCAUGGGCCUCAGCCAAUCCAGCAGGACUUGUCCGCUGGCCCAAGUGCAGCGCCCAGUGGCGGCGCGUCCGAUGAGGAGUCCAAGCUGGAGUUUCUGCAGGGCAUGUUUGCUGGCAUGGACGCUGCUCUGGUGGCUGACGUGCUCCAGGGCGUCGAUGACAACGCCGAGGCAGCCAUUGAGAAGCUGAUGGCUCUCCAGGACGUUGUGGACCACACAAAGACGCUGGACAGCUCAAGUGGAUCAGACGAUGGCAGCAUCUCGCAGUCACAGCUGGCAACGAAGCUGGACAGCGCCUCGGCCAAUGGUGGCGAGCCCUGGGAUGUGUCAGGAGUGCCGGUCGACUACUCCUUCAAGGACCUGUCUGAUGAGCAGAAGGUGGCGCUGAUUCGGCGCGAGCUACCGGGGUGCAGCCCAGAGGAGGCCAUGAAUGCGUUGGAGGUCUGCACCGGUGACGUGGACGCUGCAAUCGCCGUCAUGUCUCAGGCAUAUGACAGGAAGAAGCCUGGCACACCCCACUCUGGCGCAUCUGCCGAUGUGCUGGUUCUGAAGGAGCUGUACCCCGAAGUGGACGACUCCACUCUGAACAACGUCUACAACGCUGCUGGCCAGAACGUUGAUGUCACCAAAAAGAUGCUGCAAGAGAGCGGCCUGGUGCCCUUUGAGGCACCCAAGAAGCCCACGUCAGUGCUGUUCAGCCAGCCGACUGCAGCAGAGGUGAGCGCCCCGACACAGCAGCCCAUGCUGCGUGCCAACGACCGCCCCCACGCCAUGGUGCGCCGCUCCGACGCGCAGAACCAGCGCAUCUACGAGGAGCACCGCGCCCACGCGGACGCUCUGAGGGAGGAGAUGCGCUUCAAGUAUGCAGAGGCCCAGAGGGCAAACGACCGUGGGGACCACAGGCUGGCCACAGAGCUCAGGGAGAGGGCUCACCAGGCGCGCAUGAGGUACCUCCAGGCCGACAAAGUGGCUUCGAAAAAGAUCUUGAAGGAAACGAACAAGCGCAUUAAGAACCUACACACUGUGGAUCUGCAUGGCCAGCAUGUUGACCAGGCCAUCAGGACAGUGGACGUAUACCUGCGAGCACUCCAGGGCCUCCCAACUGCGAGCAAGCUGGAAUUGAUAACAGGCAGGGGGUUGCACAGCCAGAACAACAUUGCGCGGCUGCUGCCAGCCGUUGAAGAUUACCUGAAGCGAAAGAACAUGUAUUACUGUGUCCACGAGGGUGGCGGCAGCAUUCUUGUUGACAUUUUACCAAGGGAUGAUGAACCUCCUGGUGAGGACACAUAUGACAGAGACAAUGUCUACGAGCACGGCUAA